ACCACUUUCUUCGGCAUGAUUACAGCAUUCAAUUGUUCUUGCCGUAAAAAUGGUUGUUUGUAAAUAUUAUCAACAAGGUUAUUGUAAAUUUGGCGAUACGUGCCGUUUCGAACAUUUAACUACGUAUGGAAGUCAUUAUUUUCAGAACCGCAACCCACCGUCGUUACCCAGUGGUAAAAUUUCUCAAGAAUUACAAGAAGCUAUCAGAAAUGUGCAAGAUGAUAUUAUGCGUGGUGAAAAAGGUGGUCAGUGGCCUUUAUCGUGUUAUGCACCUUUCAAACAAAGAGCUUGCAUCCCAGACUGGCAGGAUGUAUCACCUGAAGAAGUGCGGCUAAUGUUUUACCAAGCUGCCCAGACAGGUAAUCUUGAAACAUGCAAGUCUCAAGUGAAAGGGUUACUUCGUAAUGCAGAGUUAAGGAGAGCUCAGCUAUUAAAUUCCAACCCGGAGACGUAUUCAUUGCUAGAUAAAAUAUAUAAAGGUGAUAAUGAAGAUCCGAAAAAUUGUUCAUUUGUACAGAGUUCAAACUCGUCAGCUACUGAAGCAUUGGGUGGUUCAUUCUUAUUCGCAGGUGGGCAGCCAACACUUGUCUCUGGCAAUGUAAACAAUUUUAAAUUUGCUGUACCACAUUUUGAACAAGGACAGACUUAUACUGCAUUUGAAACAUCGCCCUUUGGGGCUCAAAAUUUAAACACAGAUUUUCAGCAGCAGAGUACAUUUGGAAAUGCUCCUGUACAGCAAGGAAAUGUGUUUGGAAGUAGUUUGGGACAUGCCAAACCAAGUUCUGUGUUAGAGUGGAAUUCACAGUCUAAUGUCUUUAGCCAGCAGAUUCCAUCUGCUGUUCAUUUUUCUUUUGACGUACCAGUUGCCUCGGAACCGUCGAAUGACUUGAAUUCAGGAAAAUUUUUUGGAUCAUCAUCAGUUAAUGCCUCAACAGAAAGUCCAUCAAUAACAAAGCCUUUGGCUUCAUCUUCUGAAGAUACCUUUGUGUAUUCACAGAGAUCUGAGCUUACAGAGGAAGAAAUUACUCAGUUCAUGACUCCAACCUUUAGUUUAUCAGCAGGAAAAAUUCCUUCAAAACCACCAUCUAAAGAUUUAUGCUUAUAGCUUAUGGCAGAAUAUUGGCUUAUAAGUUAACCUGUAUGUAGUUAUUAAAUAUACAAUUUUUUUGUUAUUUUUAAACAGAGCAUUUUUUUGAAGGGUAAAAUCUGUAAAAUUGCACUGCUACCUAUAUUACAAGACUUUUUUAGCU